AUGGCUUCCGUCACCCGUUCGUCGCAGCGCGCUGAGGUUCCGCACCAGCAUCACUCUCACCACCACCUGCCAUCCCCAGCAGGCGUAUUCGCCCAUGCCCAGGGCGGAGGAGGAGCACCAGGAGGAGGGCGCAACAAAAGGCCACUCGACGCCCACGAUCGCGACUUCGACGUAAUCAAACCCAAGAGAACCCGCAUAACGGUCGAGAUUCUCGCAAAGGGCUCUCACGGACUCCGUGACGCCGAUUUCGACAACAAUAGAACGCCGCCAACUACGCGCAAACCUGCUGCGACGCCCACAGUGGCGACUGCGACGAGACCGAACAGCCCCCCUACCACGACAGACAACGCGACAUCGAAGCCCAAAGAAGAGCAUACCCUCACAAAGCACCAGAGCAAAGUCUCUAAUGGCAUAAAACACGAACUCGACCGGUUACAGCCUCAGCCGAGCGAUACCAAUACCAAGGAGCAGGGCCGCAAGCUUCGCUCACAGGAAGCCACCCGGUUCAAGAGCGAGCUUUCCGCCUAUUUCCCGGAAUAUGACGAAGUGAUUGGUAACGAAACAAAAAAACAGCAAUUGUUCAAUGUCGACACGCCGAUUGUCAUCGUUGACUCCAAUCCGCGACGCGCUGUUGCAGACACCCAACGCGCAAUUUCGCAGCUUCCCCACCCCGCAACUGAAUAUCCUGUGCGAGGAUAUGGCGAUGCUCUCUUCCACAAUGUCUUCGAUUGCCAGAGAGUCGACUUAGAAUUUUUCCAGCCGAAGAACAAGACAGUCGAAGAUCCUUUACCUGAUAAACUAUUCCAGCCAAUCCAUCGCCGUGCUGAGCGAACGGAGAGAACGAUACGUAAUGCUGAGAAAGGCAGAGCCCAACAUGAGAAAGACCAAAUCAUUCGACUUCUUGAAGGUCUGCAAGGCCAUGAUUGGCUAAGAGUGAUGGGUGUAAGUGGUGUGACAGAAACGAAGAAGAAGACUUUUGAACCCGCUCGUAAUCACUUUAUCAAGGGCUGCCAGGCCAUCCUUGCAAAGUUCCGAAACUGGGUUUUGGAAGAGAAGAGACGAAAGAUGGAGAAGGAUAAAGCUCGAGCUGAGAAGGCGGAAGAGGAUUCGAGUGACAACGACGAGGGCGGUUCCGGGGAUGAAGCAUUACAUGGUGAGAGAGGCGAUUCAGCAUCACCGGCAAAGCAGCUUCACGAGGAAGCAAUGGCAAGGUCCAAACCUUCUAAAGGAUCAAAGAACCGCAAAGCGACCCCUCAACCAGCUGCAGCCAAAGCUCCUCCGCGUCCGGCCAAGGCACCACCAGCACCGAAGCCACCAGAGCCGCCCAAGGAGUUCAAGUCGUUCUUCAGUAAGAGAUAUGAGCGUGAGAGUGCUUUGCAUCGGCACAGGCGUACAGGAAGGAAAGUAAUGGCAUGGGGUUUACCCAUACCUGAUAUACCAGAGGUUGAUUUUGAUUUGCCGGAGGAAUACCGUGACGAAGAUACCCUCAAGGUUCGGGCGAGGAAGAAGCGCCGGGACCGAAGACGCAGCAAGCAGUAA